GUUGGAGUUUUUAAGUUUUUUGAAGAAUUUUAGUGAUUUUCGGGCAUUUAGUGAUAAAGAUAAAGGGGCUUAUAGCGAAUAAGCGUCACUCUCAGCAUUUAGAUCGCCAAUAAUUUCUGAAUCGUGGCGGUUUGAGUAGUUGUCGAAUGGUGGAAUGGUUUUGAUUAAACAGGAAAUCGUUGAGGAAGGAACAAUGAUUGGCGCAGAGGGGGUGCGUGCCACUAGCGUCGACGAUUUCUGCCGCGUUUGUUUGUUGAAACGAUCCAAACUGAUAUCGUUGAUGGAGCGGGUCGAUGGCGUGAUGAUACCGGAGAUGUUGUACAAACUGUGCGGAACGCAGAUCGAAGUGAUCGAUCGGUAUCCCCGUCGCAUCUGCGAACACUGUCUCGGUGCACUAGAUACGGCCUUUUGCUUCAUGAACCGGUUCCGGCAACAGGACGAACGGUUGCGCAGCUUCUACUGGAAUGGAUCGGUGGUGACCCAAUUGGAAUCUUACCAACCCGAGGGGGAACGCGAUUACACAAGAUGCUUGCAGGAGCUACAGUCACGCAACGGUAAUACGUCCGCGGAAAGCACAACAAGCAUGAAGGAGUACUCUUCGAAGGCAACCGAAACAGACUCAGCUGUACCGGUAGAAACGGCCGAUGUGGCUACCAACACCGAGGAACUCGUGAAUGUUGGGCUAGUGGAAGCACCGAAACAAGAGCAACCUGAUCAGAGUGCAUGGGACGCAAGUGAAGGAAUUGAAUUUGACGAGGUCGAGAUUGAAGAGGAUUCAAACCAAGAAGCGCUCAACGAACUGGCAACUGCCGAACAAGCCGAAUCCAUUGACGCGUUGGUAUCUAUGGAGAUCGAUUUUUUGCCAGCCUUAAAAGAUCAGCCUGACGGCGAGAUAAAGGAGGACAAUAAGCGCCAACUUCGAUCUUCCAACAGGCAUCAACAAGUUGUUGUAGAAAGCAUAGACGAUCCGAAAGGAAUCACCUAUGAGGUGGAAAUGCUCAGCGAUUCUGAAAGCCUAAACAUUAUCGAGGCUGAGGAGAGUCAGGAUGUCGAUGACGAGACGACGGUAGACCACCGAGUAGUGUGCCAUAUCUGCGAGUUCUUAGGAACAGACGAUAAAGAUCUGCAGGAGCACCUAAACGUGCAUGCCGAUCUGUUGCCCUACACAUGCCAGCAGUGCGCAAAGGUGGGCAGCAGUUUGGAACCGCUGACGACACUGAAAAAUCUACGUAAUCAUCUGCGCUGGCACAGCCUGGGCUUCGAGUGCAAGGAAUGUGGGAAACGGUUUACCUCCGAAAAGGCAUAUACGAAGCAUCACGACACGGAGCAUGCUGGCGAUCUGGUUUGCGAGGAAUGUGGUAAACAGUUUCGGAUUCGGAAAAGCUGGAGCAAUCACAUGCGGCGACAUGCGGCAGUACGGCGCGAAAAGUACAAGUGCGAACUAUGCCAAAAACCGUUCGCCAAUCGGGCCCGAUUGGUACGCCAUCUGCGUGUCCAUACGGGUGAGAAGCCGUACUCAUGUUCGCACUGCGAUCGACGAUUUACUGACCAUAAUCAACGACAGCGACAUGUCCAAAAAGCUCACGAGUCAGCGGAUACCGAGAGAUUCCAGUGUGAAUGUUGUGGGACUAGCUUCAAAACAUCUCGGCAACUAGAAGCGCAUAGUGUAAACGAGCACAUGAACCCGGAGGAGCAGCAGGAGUAUCGGGAGCAGCGCAAAAAACGGUACGAGAAUCGGGCGGGACAAUUAGCAGAGGAUCAUUGCCCGUUUCCUGGCUGUGACUACAAGGCUAACUCUUAUGGUGCAUUGUACGUGCACAAGCGCGCGAAGCACUUCCUGCUGCACCAGUGUGAGUUGUGUGGUAAAAAUUACCCAUUUCUGAGCCAGCUCAACAUACAUAUGACUGUACAUACGGGCGAGAAACCGUACGAAUGUGAAGAAUGUGGUCGCAGCUUCCGACGUCUUUAUAGCUAUCGGGAGCAUAUAGAGCAACAUCGGUCCGAUAAAACCUACGCUUGCACGGUUUGUGAUAAAACCUUCAGGAGGCCACGCUAUCUGCAGGCCCACCUUCUAACGCAUACCUCCAAGAAGUCGUUUUCCUGCGAAGAAUGUCCUAAUCUGUACAAGACACGGGGCGAGCUGAAGAAACACUAUCAAGCGAAGCACCAGGGCGGUGGGCUUAUUCCAUUGCAAAGCAACCAAGUGCGGGAGGAACUAGUAGAAGAAGAGUACGUCGUUGGAUUUGAAUAGACAGUCCAGAACGGUUCCCUUACCAAACCAAAUCGUAACAAUCGGUGCCGGCGUAGGUUUAUUUUCACAUUAAAUGCCAAUUGUUGCCACCUGACUAGAAAUUAAUGCAAAUUACAUUGCAUUGGAGACUCGCAUAAAUACAAAGUUUCACAUCGUAACACUUGGUUCUUUCAUUGUUAAUAUAC